CCUUCAGCCCUCUCUCUCUCUCUUUCACUCAAUGGCUGAGCAUCAACAGCACCCAGCAGCCACGUUCAAGAGCUUCUUGCCUGAGAAGGGCCCUUCAACGACCCAAAUCCUUGCCGUCGUAACCCUUCUCCCCAUCGGUGGCAUCCUGCUCACGCUCUCCGGCAUCACGCUGACCGGCAGCUUCAUCGGCCUCGCGCUUGCCACACCCGUCUUCAUCAUCUUCAGCCCCGUAAUCGUCCCUGCCACGAUCGUGGUCGGGCUGGCGGUGGCCGGCUUCCUCACGUCGGGAGCGUUUGGCCUCACCGCCCUCUCAUCACUGUCGUGGAUCGCCAACUACAUCCGUGGGGACCGUACCACGGUCCCGGAUCACCUCGACCAUGCCAAGCGCCGGAUGAUGGACAUGGGCGGGUACCUUGGGCAGCGGACCAAGGACAUGGCUCAGGGGGUUGAGGGUAAGGCACGUGCAGGGCAUGAAGGUGCGAGGACGUGAGCUUAACUGCUAUAACCAUCGGUUGGGGAAAUGGCGGGAAGUGGGUCUUCUGUUUUAUGGGGUUUUAUAUAGAGGAGUCUCUGUUUAGGAUUUCUGUGUGUUUGUGUUCACUCGUGCGCAUGCGUUCAUGCGUGCGCUUUUUUAUUUAUUUAUAUAAUAAAAUCUCGUUGGUGUGUAGGAAGAGGAUUUUAUUUGUGUUUUAGAUGCUUGUUUAGGAAGAUAGUUGCUUUGGUGGGUUUCCACUUUCCAGCUUCAUUUUAUUGGGAUUGGAUUCCUACAA